AUGUCACCCAGCUGUCCGACCUGCGGCUCCCCUCCCCCCUCGGCCGACCUCCUCACCGCGCACCAAAAAAUCGCCGAGCUAGAAGCCAUCAUCACCGACCUCAACGCCAAAGCCAGCGACGCGAUCCGCCAAUGCGCAAAGUACGACGAAGAAAUCCACAAGCUGCGCACGCAGGCCCAGCGGCCGUCCACGCCCUCGCAGCCCGAGAGUCCCACGCUCCUCCAGCAGUCGACCUCGCGGCUCUCCUCGCUGCUGUACCCGCGCAAGUCGACGCCCACUCUGCGCGGCGACGUGCACCGCCAGAACUCGCUGCCGCUGCCGGGACCCAGCGCGCCGCUAUCACCGGGCGCAGCGUCGACGGAGGAUCUGAUAGAGGCGCUGACGCGGGAGCAGACGCUGCGGAAGGAGGCGGAGGGGCGGUUGAGCGCGACGAGCAAGGAGGUGGAGGAGCUGAGUGUCAGUUUGUUCGAGCAGGCAAAUGAGAUGGUGGCGACGGAGAGGAGGGCCAGGGCGAAGCUGGAGGAGAGGGUGGGUGAGCUGGAGAGGAGGGAUGGGGAGAAGAGGAUGCGCUUGGAGAGGUUGGAGUCGGCCAUGGCGAGGAUUGAGAGGGUGAGGAAUAUGUUGGAGGGGAAGUGA